CAGCUGUAAUAAAAAGUACGACACUCGUUGGAAUAUAUUGCAAUAAUUAUGUUUUAGUACACUUGUACUCUUUGUUUUGUGUUUUGUUUAGUUGUUUCUAGAUCGGUGCAAAAUUAGAGGAUUCCAGAUCUAUUAAUUUACCCGUUUGUAAAACCUAACCUCCAACAUGACCACGCCUAGCAGCUCCGCUAAUGAUAUACCUGCGAAAAAAAUUAAGCUCGAGGAUAACUUAGAUAGGGCGAUUACUUGGGACGAUCACUUCAUGUCCCUUGCCGUCUUAUCCUCAGCACGCAGCAGAGUCCAAGUGGGAGCCGUCAUAGUCAAUGAGGAUAAUCGCAUAAUAGGUAUGGGUUAUAAUGGCUUUCCUAAAGGCUGUAGUGAUGAAAAAUUUCCCUGGUAUAGAUAUAAAGAUGUAGAUCAUUGUAAUCAAGUUGAUCGAAUUCACAGUAAGGACCAUUUUGUUGUGCAUGCCGAGGCAAAUGCUAUACUCAAUAAAAAUUGUGCUAAUCUCAAAAAUACCCGCCUCUAUACGACACACUUUCCCUGCAUCAAUUGUGCUCAUCUUAUAGUACAAUCGGGCAUUACAAACAUCUAUUAUUUAUCAGAUAAAAUGGGCAAAAAAUACUCAGCUGACAAAUCUAAACUUUUGUUCUCUGCAGCGAAAAUAGAUACUCACCGUAUAUUUAUAAAGCAAAACAUUGUUAUAGAUUUUGACGAGUAUUUAAAAAAUAAUUGAAUUUGUCACAAGAAUUUGUGAAAAUUAAGUUAUAAAGGAGCAAAUUAUAGUAGAGGAAAGAAAACAAAGUAUACACAUAUUUUAUAUACAUAUUAUAUGUAGUUCUUAAGAAAACUUAUAAUAAAGAAUAUUAUAUUCAAAAUUUUUAAAUUUUAUUUACCAAAAA